UGCAGCCUGCGCAGUAGUGCCUCCACUCCAAUCCUGAAAGCUUCUGCAGCAGCCAAGAUGCCUGCAACCGCCUCCCGACCGCAGUCCGCGCGACGUAGGGACAGCCUGCAGCUUGGCUCAGAUACGAGCAUGCAGACACGCACGUCCAAGUUCGACUUUCAGCCGCCGCCAGUCAGCCCGGCUUCCAAGCGCACCGUGCGGCGUCCUCACGACAAUCUUCGCCCAGCGGGCGCCCUGAGCCGCAACACCACAUCCUCCGAGUAUGGCAGUGCAAGCAGCACGGCGCCAACCAGCCCAGCAGCCUCUGCUCCCCAGCAGCAGCCAAGCACCCGCCCCCGCAUCACCCGUGUGCAAUCUGGACGCAAGAAUUCUGCGUCGCCGCUCAAGAAGCCGAGCAGCACCAGCGCAGAACCGCUACUGCCUGCAAGCACCAAGCAACAGCAGCAGCAACAGCCGCAAUCCCGCCGCCCAAAGGUCAAGCGCGUGCCCAUCAACCGCGACUCAGCGUCGCGCAAAUCCUCCCAGUCACGCCCACGUGACAACCUUCGUUUUGAGGGGGAGCGCGAGCGCGAGACAGAGUCGUCGCAGUACCGUGCGCCGGUGAGCGGUGAGCGGCAGGGGCCUGUUCGCCACCGUGACAGCCUGGUGUUUGAUGGGCAGGACGAGCCUGCGACGACUGUGAUGCGGUCUGACUUUGGCGCCAAGGGCACGAGCGAGCGUGCGACGCCAUCACGUGCACGUGACAACCUUCGUUUUGAGGGGGAGCGCGAGCGUGAGACGGAAUCGUCGCAGUACCGUGCGCCGGUGGGCGGUGAGCGGCAGGGGCCUGUUCGCCACCGUGACAGCCUGGUGUUUGAUGGGCAGGACGAGCCUGCGACGACUGUGAUGCGGUCUGACUUUGGCGCCAAGGGCACGAGCGAGCGUGCGACGCCAUCACGUGCACGUGACAACCUUCGUUUUGAGGGGGAGCGCGAGCGCGAGACGGAAUCGUCGCAGUACCGUGCGCCGGUGGGCGGUGAGCGGCAGGGGCCUGUUCGCCACCGUGACAGCCUGGUGUUUGAUGGGCAGGACGAGCCUGCGACGACUGUGAUGCGGUCUGACUUUGGCGCCAAGGGCACGAGCGAGCGUGCGACGCCAUCACGUGCACGUGACAGCCUUCGUUUUGAGGGGGAGCGCGAGCGUGAGACGGAAUCGUCGCAGUACCAGUGGCCACCAUCGCUCACAGAGCGGUUGAACGACCUUGAGCUUGAACCCGUGGUGCCCAUGUCGUCCACACCUUCCAAGCCCGUCGAGGUCUCGUUUGCCGCCGUGAGCGCUCCAGCCGCUGCCCCUGCACAGGCGCAGGAGGUUGAAGAGCAGCCACCUGUGGUGGAACCGGCAAAGCCCAUCGCUGUCGCUGAUGACGCGCCACUGAUUGCAGAGCUCAGAUCGCCAAUCAACCCAGUUGACUCGCUCGCCUUCAGAGGAGAAAGAUUGAACGAAAGCACGACAGUGACGACGUUUACGGCGCCCGUCGGAGCAGAGCGGGCGCGGGAGGGUGAGCUUGAGCGGAGCACGACGACCAAAGAGACGUUUGUUGGCGUGAGCGGGGAGCGCCCUGCGGCGUACGGGGACGUUGAUCACCUUGUGCCUGAGGCAGGUGCGCGCGUUGAGGGGGCGAGCACGACGGUGACGACGUUUACGGCGCCCGUCGGAGCAGAGCGUCCGAAGAGCGCGCGGCGUGCGGACACGCUGACGGGCGGGGAGGGUGAGCUUGAGCGGAGCACGACGACGAAGGAGACGUUUGUUGGUGUGAGCGGGGAGCGCCCUGCGGCGUACGGGGACGUUGACCACCUUGUGCCUGAGGAAGGUGCGCGCGUUGAGGGGGCGAGCACGACGGUGACGACGUUUACGGCGCCCGUCGGAGCAGAGCGUCCGAAGAGCGCGCGGCGUGCGGACACGCUGAGGGGCGGGGAGGGUGAGCUUGAGCGGAGCACGACGACGAAGGAGACGUUUGUUGGCGUGAGCGGGGAGCGCCCUGCGGCGUACGGGGACGUUGAUCACCUUGUGCCUGAGGAAGGUGGCGGGGAGGAUGAGCUUGAGCGGAGCUCGACGACGAAGGAGACGUUUGUUGGCGUGAGCGGGGAGCGCCCUGCGGCGUACGGGGACGUUGACCACCUUGUGCCUGAGGAAGGUGCGCGCGUUGAGGGGGCGAGCACGACGGUGACGACGUUUACGGCGCCCGUCGGAGCAGAGCGUCCGAAGAGCGCGCGGCGUGCGGACACGCUGAGGGGCGGGGAGGGUGAGCUUGAGCGGAGCCCGACGACGAAGGAGACGUUUGUUGGCGUGAGCGGGGAGCGUCCUGCCGGCGUGCGGCGCGUUGAGGGGGCGAGCACGACGGUGACGACGUUUACGGCGCCCGUCGGAGCAGAGCGUCCGAAGAGCGCGCGGCGUGCGGACACGCUGACGGGCGGGGAGGGUGAGCUUGAGCGGAGCACGACGACGAAGGAGACGUUUGUUGGUGUGAGCGGGGAGCGCCCUGCGGCGUACGGGGACGUUGACCACCUUGUGCCUGAGGAAGGUGCGCGCGUUGAGGGGGCGAGCACGACGGUGACGACGUUUACGGCGCCCGUCGGAGCAGAGCGUCCGAAGAGCGCGCGGCGUGCGGACACGCUGAGGGGCGGGGAGGGUGAGCUUGAGCGGAGCACGUCGACGAAGGAGACGUUUGUUGGCGUGAGCGGGGAGCGCCCUGCGGCGUACGGGGACGUUGAUCACCUUGUGCCUGAGGAAGGUGCGCGCGUUGAGGGGGCGAGCACGACGGUGACGACGUUUACGGCGCCCGUCGGAGCAGAGCGUCCGAAGAGCGCGCGGCGUGCGGACACGCUGAGGGGCGGGGAGGGUGAGCUUGAGCGGAGCACGACGACGAAGGAGACGUUUGUUGGCGUGAGCGGGGAGCGCCCUGCGGCGUACGGGGACGUUGAUCACCUUGUGCCUGAGGAAGGUGCGCGCGUUGAGGGGGCGAGCACGACGGUGACGACGUUUACGGCGCCCGUCGGAGCAGAGCGUCCGAAGAGCGCGCGGCGUGCGGACACGCUGAGGGGCGGGGAGGGUGAGCUUGAGCGGAGCACGACGACGAAGGAGACGUUUGUUGGCGUGAGCGGGGAGCGUCCUGCGGCGUACGGGGACGUUGAUCACCUUGUGCCUGAGGAAGGUGCGCGCGUUGAGGGGGCGAGCACGACGGUGACGACGUUUACGGCGCCCGUCGGAGCAGAGCGUCCGAAGAGCGCGCGGCGUGCGGACACGCUGAGGGGCGGGGAGGGUGAGCUUGAGCGGAGCACGACGACGAAGGAGACGUUUGUUGGUGUGAGCGGGGAGCGCCCUGCGGCGUACGGGGACGUUGACCACCUUGUGCCUGAGGAAGGUGCGCGCGUUGAGGGGGCGAGCACGACGGUGACGACGUUUACGGCGCCCGUCGGAGCAGAGCGUCCGAAGAGCGCGCGGCGUGCGGACACGCUGAGGGGCGGGGAGGGUGAGCUUGAGCGGAGCACGACGACGAAGGAGACGUUUGUUGGCGUGAGCGGGGAGCGCCCUGCGGCGUACGGGGACGUUGAUCACCUUGUGCCUGAGGAAGGUGCGCGCGUUGAGGGGGCGAGCACGACAGUGACGACGUUUACGGCGCCCGUCGGAGCAGAGCGUCCGAAGAGCGCGCGGCGUGCGGACACGCUGAGGGGCGGGGAGGGUGAGCUUGAGCGGAGCACGACGACGAAGGAGACGUUUGUUGGCGUGAGCGGGGAGCGCCCUGCGGCGUACGGGGACGUUGACCACCUUGUGCCUGAGGAAGGUGCGCGCGUUGAGGGGGCGAGCACGACGGUGACGACGUUUACGGCGCCCGUCGGAGCAGAGCGUCCGAAGAGCGCUCGGCGUGCGGACACGCUGAGGGGCGGGGAGGGUGAGCUUGAGCGGAGCACGACGACGAAGGAGACGUUUGUUGGCGUGAGCGGGGAGCGCCCUGCGGCGUACGGGGACGUUGACCACCUUGUGCCUGAGGAAGGUGCGCGCGUUGAGGGGGCGAGCACGACGGUGACGACGUUUACGGCGCCCGUCGGAGCAGAGCGUCCGAAGAGCGCGCGGCGUGCGGACACGCUGAGGGGCGGGGAGGGUGAGCUUGAGCGGAGCACGACGACGAAGGAGACGUUUGUUGGCGUGAGCGGGGAGCGCCCUGCGGCGUACGGGGACGUUGAUCACCUUGUGCCUGAGGAAGGUGCGCGCGUUGAGGGGGCGAGCACGACGGUGACGACGUUUACGGCGCCCGUCGGAGCAGAGCGUCCGAAGAGCGCGCGGCGUGCGGACACGCUGAGGGGCGGGGAGGGUGAGCUUGAGCGGAGCACGACGACGAAGGAGACGUUUGUUGGUGUGAGCGGGGAGCGUCCUGCGGCGUACGGGGACGUUGAUCACCUUGUGCCUGAGGCAGGUGCGCGCGUUGAGGGGGCGAGCACGACGGUGACGACGUUUACGGCGCCCGUCGGAGCAGAGCGUCCGAAGAGCGCGCGGCGUGCGGACACGCUGACGGGCGGGGAGGGUGAGCUUGAGCGGAGCACGACGACGAAGGAGACGUUUGUUGGUGUGAGCGGGGAGCGCCCUGCGGCGUACGGGGAAGGUGCGCGCGUUGAGGGGGCGAGCACGACGGUGACGACGUUUACGGCGCCCGUCGGAGCAGAGCGUCCGAAGAGCGCGCGGCGUGCGGACACGCUGAGGGGCGGGGAGGGUGAGCUUGAGCGGAGCACGACGACGAAGGAGACGUUUGUUGGCGUGAGCGGGGAGCGCCCUGCGGCGUACGGGGACGUUGAUCACCUUGUGCCUGAGGAAGGUGCGCGCGUUGAGGGGGCGAGCACGACGGUGACGACGUUUACGGCGCCCGUCGGAGCAGAGCGUCCGAAGAGCGCGCGGCGUGCGGACACGCUGAGGGGCGGGGAGGGUGAGCUUGAGCGGAGCACGACGACGAAGGAGACGUUUGUUGGCGUGAGCGGGGAGCGCCCUGCGGCGUACGGGGACGUUGAUCACCUUGUGCCUGAGGAAGGUGCGCGCGUUGAGGGGGCGAGCACGACGGUGACGACGUUUACGGCGCCCGUCGGAGCAGAGCGUCCGAAGAGCGCGCGGCGUGCGGACACGCUGAGGGGCGGGGAGGGUGAGCUUGAGCGGAGCACGACGACGAAGGAGACGUUUGUUGGCGUGAGCGGGGAGCGCCCUGCGGCGUACGGGGACGUUGAUCACCUUGUGCCUGAGGAAGGUGCGCGCGUUGAGGGGGCGAGCACGACGGUGACGACGUUUACGGCGCCCGUCGGAGCAGAGCGUCCGAAGAGCGCGCGGCGUGCGGACACGCUGAGGGGCGGGGAGGGUGAGCUUGAGCGGAGCACGACGACGAAGGAGACGUUUGUUGGCGUGAGCGGGGAGCGUCCUGCGGCGUACGGGGACGUUGAUCACCUUGUGCCUGAGGAAGGUGCGCGCGUUGAGGGGGCGAGCACGACGGUGACGACGUUUACGGCGCCCGUCGGAGCAGAGCGUCCGAAGAGCGCGCGGCGUGCGGACACGCUGAGGGGCGGGGAGGGUGAGCUUGAGCGGAGCACGACGACCAAGGAGACGUUUGUUGGCGUGAGCGGGGAGCGCCCUGCGGCGUACGGGGACGUUGACCACCUUGUGCCUGAGGAAGGUGCGCGCGUUGAGGGGGCGAGCACGACGGUGACGACGUUUACGGCGCCCGUCGGAGCAGAGCGUCCGAAGAGCGCGCGGCGUGCGGACACGCUGAGGGGCGGGGAGGGUGAGCUUGAGCGGAGCACGACGACGAAGGAGACGUUUGUUGGCGUGAGCGGGGAGCGCCCUGCGGCGUACGGGGACGUUGACCACCUUGUGCCUGAGGAAGGUGCGCGCGUUGAGGGGGCGAGCACGACGGUGACGACGUUUACGGCGCCCGUCGGAGCAGAGCGUCCGAAGAGCGCGCGGCGUGCGGACACGCUGAGGGGCGGGGAGGGUGAGCUUGAGCGGAGCACGACGACGAAGGAGACGUUUGUUGGUGUGAGCGGGGAGCGCCCUGCGGCGUACGGGGACGUUGAUCACCUUGUGCCUGAGGAAGGUGCGCGCGUUGAGGGGGCGAGCACGACGGUGACGACGUUUACGGCGCCCGUCGGAGCAGAGCGUCCGAAGAGCGCGCGGCGUGCGGACACGCUGAGGGGCGGGGAGGGUGAGCUUGAGCGGAGCACGACGACGAAGGAGACGUUUGUUGGCGUGAGCGGGGAGCGCCCUGCGGCGUACGGGGACGUUGACCACCUUGUGCCUGAGGAAGGUGCGCGCGUUGAGGGGGCGAGCACGACGGUGACGACGUUUACGGCGCCCGUCGGAGCAGAGCGUCCGAAGAGCGCGCGGCGUGCGGACACGCUGAGGGGCGGGGAGGGUGAGCUUGAGCGGAGCACGACGACCAAGACCGCUUACCGCACGUUUGUGUUUGUCCGCGAACACGCAUCGACGCAUAAAGUGUCCGUAACCGAGUCAAAGGCCUGCGACACGGCCGAGUAUGUGGACCUCAAACCCAUCAACUUCGAACUCGCCGCGUGAUUGUGGCAGUUGGCAGUUUACAUGUUCUCGAUGUGGCUGCUCAUUGGUUUUUUGUUGCCUGAAUUGCCUGUCUACCUUUCUUGCCUUGCCUUCCUUCCUUGCCUGCUUCUUGUGCCAUCUUUUUGCGUUAUUUCUUCUUACAUGCUGGUGUUGACCAGCCAAGAUGAUGUUCGUGUUGCUUGUUGUUUGGGUGUAGCCUUCUUGCUUGCAUCCGCCCAUCAGCUCACCACUGCAAAUCACCGUGGACGUCAUGGCAUGUGAUGGCAUGUCCCACGGCUUUGUGUUUCCUCUUGCGGUGCGUAGUUUGUGCCCAAUUGCGUUCUCUUCACUCAUCUUCUUGAAGUUGAUCGUUUGUUGCUGAUGAAUGUGUUUGGUUUCACUUUGAAUGAACGGGCGACACGAUGACAGCAUGUGACAACUCCGCUUCCAC